AUGGCUCUUACCGGCAGCUGUAUGUGUGGCGCUAUCGCUUACAAGAGCACCAGUGACCCUGAUGUUACUGCUCUAUGUCAUUGCACCGACUGCCAGAAAUGGACUGGUGGUGCCUUUACUUCCAACGCUGUAGUCCCCGAGGACUCCUUCAGCGUCACCAAGGGUACCCCCAAGCAGUACGACGUCACUGGCGCCUCUGGAAAAGUGAAUCAUCACUACUUCUGUGGUGAUUGCGGUUCAAGCUUGUUCACUCGCCUUGAUAUCAUGGAGGGCAAGAUCAUCAUCAAGGCUGGCGGCCUUGAUGAGGGCAAAGCGAAUUUGGAUAACAAGAUUGAUGUCGAAUUCUACACCCGCGACAGGGUCUCAUUCCUCAAAGAGACAGAGGGUGCUAAACAGGAACACCUAUUUGGCAACUAG